AUGAUCAAGCUCGAUGAGUUUCUGGAGCGAGCAAUGCUCGCGAUGCAUCGCUGGUCGAGCGUCUUCUUCUUCGUCGCAGGUCUGCUGGCGGGCUUCGGAGUACUGACUUGCACGGGCCUCAUAGGUGACGUGGUGCUAGUCAAGUACGAUCUGCCUGGCCCACCGCUCUGGCAUGAGCGCCUCAUCCUCACGGUGGGCGCGGCGCCAGGGCACUACGCGGUGCUGACGCCAGACGGCGACGUCUUUGUCGAGGAACUUCGACCAGAUAAUGACGAUAUAGCAGAGUUCCGUGCGGCGCCAGGACUGGGAGUACCGCCGCAGGACAUCCCGCUGGACAGCGUGUAUCGGUUCCAAGCAGUGCCGACCGCCGCCGAGAUGAUCCAGCACGUGCGAGACGGAGCACUUCAGGCUGGCGUACCAGUCCCAGCAGCGCCUGUGGUGCCUGUCGUGGGCGCGCCUGGCGCAGCGCCUGGAGCCCGGCAUCCGCCGCUGGGGCCUGCGGCUCCUCCCGCGGGGGCGCUGGUGGCCGUGCCUCCUCCGAUGGGGGCCCACCUCGGCCCAGCCGCGCCGCCGCCCGUGGGUGCAGGCGGCGCGGCCGCCCCAGGUGCGGCUGCGGCGGCUGCUGCGGCACCAGGUCCCGCUGGCGCAGCCGCAGUUGCAGGCUCGCCGCUCGUGUGGGUAGCGGCCGAGGACACCCAGGAUAUCUCCAAGGGGAUUCAGAUUCCAGCCCUUCCUGAUGCCGCUGUGACGUUCGGCGACAGGGGCAUCAUCCCCUAUGGCAUCGGGCACUUGUUUGUGCAGCGUAUGGCGGAGGCCGACAUCUACAGGUACGUUCACGACGAUCUCAGGGUGCUGCCCGUGGUUGUCGACGCUUCGGGAGAGCGUAAGGUCAGCUUCUCGGAGGCAGUCUCGGCCAUGGACCCGACGCCCCCGAGAGGCGGCACCAAUCCAGCGCUGGCGCAGUACGUGGCAAACCAGCUGAAGGACCAGGAGAUCUUCAAGGCCUGCGCGGCGGUGGUGUCUUACAGCAGCAGCUCCACCGCGCCCGUGCACCACAAGAGCUCGGACCCUUCCAUGCCCAUCGACAUGGCCAGGCAGUCGCGGGGGAUCGACCUCGCGAUCUUUUUCCUUUGCCUCCAGUUGAUGCCAUGCGAGAUGUGCCUGAGCAAGUUUUGUCUUCUGAUCGAGCCCUUCAGCGCCGAGAGCGACGUGCCCUCGAAGCGACAACGGCUUGAGGAUGUCCUUGACCAGGAGGGGCGUCAGGUCCCCGUGGUCUUCCCCUACUGCGACAACUUGAUAGUCAUGGACACAGACAAAGACUCCGUCAGUAAUGUUAAGAGGUUGGCAGUCGAGCAGCUCAGACGUGUGGGCUUCCAGGUACACGAGGAGGUGGAGGUUACAACCUUUUUCGAGUCCCUGGGCUACCUGGUUGAUGGAAAACGGGGGGGGGUCUUCCCGAUCCCUCAUCGGCUUGAGAAGGCCGUCGCAGCGUUCACCCAUCUCAGGAGAAGACCACACAUCACGGGCUGGCAAAUUAGUAAGGCUCUCGGUUACGUCACGCCGAUCUUCCUCCUCACCCGCUCCAUGUUCUCAUUGCCCAAUGCCCUGUAUCAGUUCAUGCACGAGAACUGGAGCCGCAAGAGGCGUCUCUGGCAUUCAGCCGCGCUGGAGUGUAAGUGGAUAUCUGUGUUGCUACCGCUCGCUUGGGCGGACCUCAGGAUGCCAUGGACUUCGCAGGUAAAAGCUACAGAUGCCUCGCUGUCCGGGUACGCCGUGGGCAAGUCCCUCUGGAAUGUCUCAGAUGUAGUGGAGGCAGGGGGUGCACGAGAAAGGUUUCGAUAUCGCUGUGCCGUGCCGUCAGCCGCGCCGCGCCGUGCCGCUCUGGGGACCCUCGACCCGUUCCAGGACCUCGAGACGGUGAAGCCCAUCGUCGACCGCUUCGAGCCCUCCCCCUACGAGCCCAACUACCUCUUCAAAGAGAUCCCCGAGGGCCUCCUGCAGGACUCCAUGUGGAAGACUAGCUACGCGGCGCCCUUUGUGUUCAAGGAGGGUAUUGGGGAUCUGGAGUCUCGUGCUACGGUCUCUGGCGUUAAGCAUACUCUGAGGUCUUCUGGAGGUUUCCGCUCUCACCACCUGCACCUCGGAGACAAUUUGGGCAAUGUCUUGGGACAGGAGAAGGGCCGUAUGAAGAACUUCACGCGUCUGGUCUGCUGUAGGAGACUCUGUGCUCUGGAGCUUGCCACUUCCGCUCGCAUACACCAUCGCUGGAUACCCUCAGAGCGGAAUCCUGUGGACAAGGGGUCUCGUUUGUGGGAGCACCUUAGGCGCGAGAUGGUCGGCUCGAUCGGCAUCCGUGCGUCACGCUCGCCAGAGGCGCAGGUCGAGACGUUCUUGGAGGCGAACGCCGUCACGGAGCGGACACACGCCAUGUACGUCAAGAGGGUCGCGGACUUCGAGAGCUGGGUCUCGGCCAGGGGCCUCAAGCUCACCUCCGCCAAGCUGGUGGACUGCGCGCUGGUGGACUACCUGAACCAGCUGUGGAUCGACGGCGCGGACAUCGGCGAGGCAACGGGCACCUACGCGGCCUGGGUCAAGCUUCGCCCCUCCUUCUCCAAGAAGGGCCCCGACAAGCUCGUGAGGACCAUGAAGGCUCUGCAGGGCUUCAACAGGCUGGACCCCGGCAGGACCAGGCCGCCUCUGCCGCUGGCGUUCGCAGCCCUCAUAGCGGUGGAGCUCGUCGGCAUGGGCCUUGGCGGCAUGGCGCUGGCGGUGAUGCUCAUGUUCUCGGCGUACCUGAGGCCAAUCGAGCUCCUCUCGCUUCAGUUGUCGGACGUGCUCGUGCCGACCCAAGGCAGCCCCUACUACGCGAUCCAUCUUCACCGUGCGGAGCGAGGUCAGCCGAGCAAAGUUGGCCUGUACGACGAGACGCUGCUGUUGGACUCGUCGGCGCUGCCGUUCCUCGGAUACCUUCUGGACGCGCACCGGGCCGCGGCUGCAGGGCCAGCACUGUUCGACUUCGAUUACCGGAGCUUCAACGAGAGUUUCAGGACAGCUGCAAGGACCGCAGGUCUGGCGGCCAUCAAGCCCGACCUUUACCAACUUCGUCACGGCGGCCCCUCGCACGACAUCCUCAACCGUCUUCGCUCGAAGGCGGAGGUGAAGGACAGAGGCCGCUGGAGGGACGAUCGUUCAGUUCGACGUUACGAGGCGCACGGCAGGCUACAGCUUCAGGAGAAGCUGGUCUCAGAGGCGACACAGAGCCGCGCGGCAGCAUGCCUGGCCGACCUCGAGGCUCAGCUCCGGUCAAGUAUGCCGCAGUUCGCCCGUGCCGUGCCAUCUUCCAAGGGGAUCGAAGCGGAAGCUUGGGAUGUGAUUGAUGGUCCCAGCGCAGACAUCUUGACGACCGCCAACAGACGUAGGCUGGUCAAAGAUUUCAAGACAGGCAGGGCUCUAGGCAACAGGCUCUGGGUCGUCACCUUCCGCAUCAUCUGUCAGCUGGCCUCCCUCGGGGUCCCUGUGGUGCUCGAGAACCCGUUCUCGUCCAGGAUCUGGAUUACCAAGCAUGUUAGUUAUCUCAUACGCAAAUUUGGGGCGCGUUUGCUCGAGGCACAUUAUUGUCAGUACGGAACCCAGUGGAAAAAACCUACAGGCUUCCUGUGGACAUAG